GACGAGAUCCACCCGGGAGGGCAGCGGGUCAUGGAGCUCGUGGGGGCGCAGCAGCAGGGGCCUGCCGGGCGGAAGAGGGUGCCCAACCGGGACAGGCCCACGGCCGAGGACGACGCCCUGAACCAGAUCGCUCGCGAGUGGCUGUAGAGACUCUGAUUUGAGACCCUGCUCGGCACCCUGUAAUUAGAAACAUAGAAACAGAGCGAGUCAGAAGGGGCCUCCUGGACCAUCUAGUCUGACCCCCCCCCCCCAUCUCCAGCCAGCUCCACGCAUGAAAUGCCUUCCAUGUGCAACACGCUGAAGCAAGGCUUGCUGCAAAGCGUGCAGCUCGAGCUGAGGCACGAGAAAUCCGAAUGAAGGAACUAGAAAGGCAGCAAAAAGAGAUCUAUCAAGUUCAAAAGAAAUAUUAUGGUUUGGAUACAAAGUUUGGCGACAUCGAACAGUGGAUGGAAGACAGUGAACGUUACACCCAUAAAUCCAGAAGAAAUACCUCGGCUUCAGAUGAGGAUGAGCGCAUGUCUGUGGGUAGCCGUGGAAGCCUGAGGCAGACAAAUGGUUACGAAGAAGACAUGUAUGGUUCAUCCCAGAUUAGAAAACCUAGUAGGGCUUCCUGCUACUCUGACCUUAGUCUUCAUUGCAAUGAUUUUCCUUCCCAUUCCCAGCCUUCAUCCCAAAAUGGAAAUCGGCCCUCCUUGUUGUACAGUGAUGCUCUGACAGCUAGAAGCUACAGGCAAAAAAUUCCUUUGGAACAAGCAUACAACUCUGUUCACAGAGGACAGCAUCUGCACUCAGCAGAUUUAUACCGGGCAUCUCUGUAUGAUGAGAAUUUUAACAGUGAGAAUCGUCGAUAUAGUGCUUCUAGUUCACGUCCUCCUUCGGAGUACAGUUUCUACCUUGGUUCAGGAUCUCGAGCAUCUUCUAGAGCUAGUUCUGCUCGUGCAAGUCCUGUGGUUGAAGAAAGACCUGAAAAAGACUUUGAUAAGGGAGUUCGCACUGUUUCAAGUUUAUCAGCAGCUACACUGGCCUCUCUAGGUGGAACUUCUUCCCGGCGAGGCAGUGGGGAUACCUCCAUCUCAGUUGAUACUGAAGCAUCUAUGAGAGAAAUUAAGGAUAUUCAUGAGUUAAAGGACCAGAUUCAGGAUGUAGAAGGAAAAUACAUGCAGGGAUUGAAGAAAAUGAAGGACUCUCUAGCUGAGGUUGAAGAAAAGUAUAAGAAGGCUAUGGUAUCAAAUGCUCAACUGGAUAACGAGAAAACCAAUUUCAUGUACCAAGUAGAUACCCUAAAGGAUGCAUUGUUGGAACUGGAAGAACAGCUUGCAGAAUCCAAGAGACAAUAUGAAGAAAAGAACAAAGAUUUUGAGAGGGAAAAACAUGCUCAUGCUAUUUUGCAGUUUCAGUUCAUGGAAGUAAAAGAGGCUUUGAAGCAAAGAGAAGAAUUACUUGCAGAAAUCCGACAGCUACAACAGAAACAGGAGGGCUAUGUCAGGGAAAUAUCUGAUCUUCAGGAGACAAUAGAUUGGAAAGAAAAAAAGAUAGGGGCUUUAGAGAGGCAGAAAGAGUUCUUUGAUUCCAUAAGAAGUGAGCGAGAUGAUCUUAGAGAGGAGGUGAUUGUGCUGAAGGAACAAUUGAAGCAACAUGGAAUAAUUCCCAACUCAGAAGGAGCUACCAAUGGAGAAAUCUGUAGCAGGCUUGAAAAUGAUGGACUAUCACAUUCUUCCAAGAUUGUUCCAGGGGCAAGUCACAUCUCUAAGGUACCCGGGGAUUGUACACUAGGCAGAACCAAUGAAGUGGAGAUGAAAAAUGAGAUUUUGGAGAAUGUGGGGAAAAGAGAAAUCUUGCAGAAUACUGAGCAUGAGGAACACACAGAGGAGACUAAGGAGCAGGAAAUUGUACAGGAAUGUUCGGAGAUAAAGACGCUUGCUGAUGAAAAUGCGGAGGCAGAGAAAAUCAAUGAAGGCAAAGUUUCACCAACGUUAUUAAAUAGUGGACUUGAGAAACCAGAUAAAAGUCAUUCCAAACAUGUUCCAGAAAUUUUUUAUUCUCUUGAAAAGAGUGAUGUAGUUGAACUUAGGGGUGAAAGGGGAUCACUGGGUGAUACUGUGGAAGUGGAAGAGUAUGUUGGAAAUAAAAAUGUGGUAAAUGCAGUUGGUAAUCAUAAUAAAGUAGCAGGCCUGGGCAUUGAGAGUAAUCAAGAAAUAAUUAUGGGUAUAGAAAUACUUCCCCAAGAGCAAAAUAAAGAAAAGCAAACAGAUAUUGUGGUUGAUGAGACAGAGGGCAAUAAUGAUGAAAUAUUUGAGGAAGCCUUGGAUUUUGUGAGUAACAGCCACAUGGCAACUUCUAGUCAGUUAGAAUCACCAGAACUGAUGUCAAAUAUUGAACAGAACAAAAUCGUUAAGGAUGAUUUGGAUAGACAGCUUGAUAAAGAUGAGGGAGGCAUUAUAAUAACUGAUAAAACUGAGUGGGGUAAAAAUGAGGUUGGUGGAAUUAAUGAAGAGAAUGAGAUGGCAAAUGUAGUCCUGCAGCAGGAAAUGGAUGUAGUAGCCUUUGCAGUACAACUACCAGGAAUGCCAUGCACUGGGGAACAAAAACAAGUUGAAAUUGAAGAAAUCCAGGUUCUUUCUUCAAAGCAUGAUGCAUUUGUUGAAGAGGAACAAGGUGAACAAGAAAUGGAAACAAGAGAAGAUAGUGUUGAAGACAGUCCUGUUAAAAUGGCUGAUCAGAGAGAAGCUUUGUUCAAAGCACUGGAUCCAAAUUUUGAUUCUGAGAAAUAUGAGCAAAAUGCCAUAAAAGAGGUUCAUACAGAAGAAAAUGAUGCUGAAGAUGAUUUAAGUGGAUGUCUGAACCAUGAGGAAAAGAAUGUAAACCUUGAAGAUGUUUCAGGGGAAACCAAAUCUGAAUUUAUAGAUGAUUGCAAAGCCCUGGCAAAUAUACCAAAAAUACAUGAAGAAGCUGCUGAUGACAUUCAUGAAGAAGACUAUAAUAUGACAGAAGUUAGUGACUGGCCUACAGAAAAGCAGAGUGUAGACAAACAAGAUGAAACUAUUCAGGAAUCAGCUAUAACUGCAACUGUAAUAACUGAGGAUGUUGAAAAAGUAUCCAAAGGGAAUGAAGAGGAGAAGAAUUAUGGAAAGACAGAGGGUAAAGUUCUUAAAGUUUUGAGAGAUACUGAGGAGGCAGCUUCUCUCUUGUCACAGAAGGCUGAAUUCAGUGAUCAUGAGAAAGAGCUUGACAGUGAAGAAGCUGUGGAAGAAUAUCAUGAAGCAUUUGAUUUUGAGGAAUCUUUCUCUGGAGAACCUGAAAUUACUAAAAGGAGUGAUAAUCAAGGUAAUUUAUCAGAGAACGAUAUUCACCAAACACAAGAGAAAGGUGGGGUUGAGAAAGGGGCAGAGCAAAACAUAGUCAAAGAGGUAUAUGAAAAGGAAUGUGAAGAUAAAGAAAGAAUUGUUAAAGAUAAAAAGGAGAAAACCUACCAUAUCUCACCAGAUGAGGUUGUGGAUGAUGCCGUGUUGACUGAAACUGAAAAUAUUCAGCAGUGGAAAGGAACAGAAUUUGGAGAAGAUGAACAUUUUCAGACUGCUUCUUCUGUUUCUUCAUCUUCAAAGGCACAAUGUGAAAUAUUGGAAGACACAAAUGCAGCUGUAUUAGAUCAAAUUUAUUCAAAACAAAUGACAGAAUCUACAUCAGAGCAAUUUGCAAAACAUGAAAGUUCUGUUGAUGAAGGCCAAGAGGAAGCCCUGGUAGGUAGGAAGGGUAAAGGUAAAUCUCGGGAAGACUGUGUUAUAUCAUAAACUCAGGUUGUUGCAGCAACUUAUGCACCAGCCACCAGAUAAGUUACAGAGCAAAAAGGGAUAUAUAUUAAAAUGUCAAAGACACAAUUCUUCGGCUUCUGAUUCAUUUGAAAAGAAGGGUAGAUCUAGUACCAUAAUCUAAAGCAAGAGUGGGCACUGUGAUGCCCUCCACAUGUUUCAGACAAGAAUCACCAUAAUCCCUUGCUGUUAGCCAUACUGGCUGGGUCUGAUGGGAGUUACAAAUGUCUGCAGCAUACAAGGUUGCUUUUUCUUGCUGUACAACUCAUUAGCUGUAUCAAUACUGAACACAUAUGAAGGUUGUCUUACCUCUCAGAUCGACUUAGUGUUUAUCAUAACAAAACAAAGCUAUUAAUUAUACUAAUAUCUAAUGAAGUACUUCUACUAAGUGAAUAUGGUAUUUGAUCUUUCCCAUAUUCAAAUGAAAACUAAGAUUUGAAAGUUGUUAGGAAUUUAUUAUCUUUAUGUUACAUACUAAUUGGCAUUUGUCAGACACAUUUAUAUUUGAUUCAAGUUGUUACAAGCACCGCAGUUUCAGUAUCCUUUUAAAAUGCUGGUAAUUUGCUGGAGUGAUAAAAUUGCACUUUAAACAUAUUUAACAUUGACACAUUCCAAAUCAAUGUCACCUCUGUUGCCAAAAGAUAGAUCAGUAUAAGAAUUUUGCUUAAUGUAGAAUUAGUGAACAAAACUUGUAAGUGGCUAAUGGGAAAAAGUGUAUGUUUCAGUCAUUUCAUACUGAAAUCACUGAGUUAGUUCCAGAAAAAGACUGCACUUAGAUUCCGCUGAAAUCAGUGGGGCUCAAGCAUAACAAAUGUCAUAUUGAUUUUAAUGUUAUUCAACCGACCUUAUUUAACAUUAUCUAUCUAGAUAAAUGUAUAUUAUUUUUAAGAACAUUUCAGAUAACAUUCUGCUUAACCUUUCUAUCAGGAAAUAUCAAAUGCAAAUUAUAACAGAUCUCUUUUCUUAAGAGUUUAUACUGCAUGUUCUGUCCACCAACAUAUACAGAUGCACCCAAAAUAUUAUAUAUUAAUAAAUAUUUUCUUACAUUUAAAAAAUUUACUUUUCUAUCUCUGCUGCAAUAUAGGCUGAUUUGAAUGUCUCCUUCAAUGCCUUAAUCGUGAUUUAAAACAAUAAAAUCACCAGUAACCGGCAACAGCUGUUUUAUGCAUAAAAUGCCUACUUAACUUGCUGCCUUUAAACAAAUAACAAACAAUGUAUAAAUUGAUUUGAAUAAAGGCUAAAAUAUAAAUGUUUCCUAUGUAUCACUAUGUCAUUUCUAAAUGUGUACUAACUAGGAAGCAUAAAGAAAGUGUUUUCGGCUAAUAAAAUAAGGGAAAAAUGCAAACUGUUUGGAGAGCUAUAGCAGUCUAACAAAUACUAAACAUGCUCCUUGUAUACAAGUAAAUAAAACAUUAAAGUGGUACAUUGUGUUGUUUAUAAUAAAAAUUUUAUAUUCUCCA